AUGGGUUCUCAAGGAAUUAAUAGCAAUGAGUUAUCCGAAGGUCAAGCCCAUUUGUACAAGCAUAUGCUAUCCUACGCAACACCUGUGUCUCUAAAAUGUGCAAUUCAGCUAGGCAUACCAGACAUAAUCCACAACAAUGGCCAAGGCCAAGGCCAACCCAUUACUCUCCUUGAGUUGGCCUCUGCCCUUCAACUUGCUCCAGCUCAAACUGGUUUCCUCUACCGUCUGAUGCGCCUAUUAGUACACUCUGACUUGUUCACAACAAAGAAAGUUAUUAGCCAAAAUGAAGAAGAAGUAGAUGCAUAUGGUCUCACACCUUCAUCUAGAUUACUUCUCACUAAUAAUGGAAAUAAUGAGGUCCCAAGCUUGUUCCCCUAUGUUCUUGUCGUGCUUGAUCCUUCUACUGUAACUUCAUUCCAUUUCCUUGGAAGUUGGUUCCAGCAGAAAGAUGCAACUCCAAGUCCACACACCUCCCCGCCUGUUUCCCUUGUUCCUCCUCCUCCAAUCCACACACCUCCUCGUCUAACCUCAGCCCCACCAUCUACCAUUUCUACUCCGUCUCUCUCUGCCGUCUCUGCCUCCAUAACUCCAAUUUUUGCAACAUCUAGAUCCUCUCUCCAUCAAGCUAGAUCGUCAAAAUUACUCAUAUUGGUGCUCUAUGUUUCUCACAACAGCUUGUCCAUUUGA